GUCAACGUAACAGGAAGUGGCCAUUUUUGACAACAAUACUAAUUUUGCAAGAAAAAAUGUAGAUUUUUAUUCCAUUCUUUACAAUUAAGUAAGUCCAGAAUCUAAAACAUGUCUGUCGGUGGGAAUUCUGUUAAAGACCACAGCAAGUCUGGUUUCUGGAAAAGAUCUGCAAGUGGACCUGGAAGUGGUAAACCUGUGUAUGGAGCACAACACCCUCCCAUGCAGCAACCUAUAAGCAAUGUUACCAAGAAAGAUGAGAAGUCAAGGGUUGCACGCACUGGAGAUUCAUUUCAAGACUUUGAGAACAAGACGUUGGAUGCCUGGGAUGAUGGAGAUGAUGAUUUGAUGUUAGAUAUGGCAAAUAUAAAAAUGUCAAUGAAAGACAUUCAGUCAACGGCCAAGGCAGUGCUAGAUCAUCACAGACAGACAAGGAAUGCUAAUCUACAGUAUAAUGGUCCCAAUCUUGGUCCAGGUCAUCAUAAAGCAGCCCCUGGUAUGGGUAUUAGAAUAAACAAUUCCUGGCAGCCCCCAAAACCAAGUCCCAUCAGGUACACACAGGAGACCGUUGUCGACAAAGAAGUAACUAAACUAGAGAAAAUCAAAACAAUGUUAGCUGGUCCUAACACAAACAUGGUUGAGCUACAGAAGCUAAGUUGGUCAGGUAUACCAAAAGCCGUGCGACCGACUUGCUGGAAAAUAUUAUCUGGUUACUUACCAACAAAUGUUGACCGACGAGAACAGAUGUUGGAGAGAAAAAGACAGGAGUAUUUUAGCCUUAUUGAUCAAUAUUAUGCCUCUAGACAUGACGAAAUGCAUCAAGAUACUUUUAGACAGAUUUUGAAGGAUGUUCCCAGAAUGACAUCUUUAGCUCAUUUAUUUCAACAAAAACGCAUUCAAGAAAUAUUUGAGCGUAUAUUAUAUAUCUGGGCAAUACGUCAUCCAGCAAGUGGUUAUGUACAGGGCAUCAAUGACCUGGUUACCCCUUUCUUUGUUGUCUUUCUCUCAGAAUUUAUAGAAAAUGAUAUAGAAGUAGAAAAUAUCAACCUUACGGAAUUGCCAGAGGAAACGUUGAAUAUAAUAGAAGCUGAUACGUUCUGGUGUACGUCUAAACUCCUCGACGGCAUACAAGAUAACUACACAUUCGCUCAACCAGGCAUACAAACGAAAGUAAAUGCUCUCAGGGAACUUGUCAAGAGAAUUGAUGCCCAGUUACAUGCCCAUUUAGAAGAAGAAAGUGUGGAAUACCUACAGUUUGCAUUCAGAUGGAUGAACAAUUUAUUAAUGAGGGAGAUUCCCCUCAGAUGUAGUGUACGACUCUGGGAUACAUACUUAUGUGAGCCAAAUGGGUUUGCUGACUUCCAUCUGUAUGUAUGUGCUGCCUUCCUCACAAGGUUUUCCAAAGAUUUAUUAAGAGAAAAAGAUUUCCAGGGUAUAUUAAUGUUCCUACAGAACUUGCCGACACACCACUGGCAUGAUGAUGAGAUAAGUGAAAUGCUAGCUGAGGCUUUCAAACUCAAGUAUAUGUUUGCUGAUGCUCCCAACCACCUCAGUAAAAAGUCCUGAUAAAGUAGUGCCAUCCUAGUGAAUUGUUUGAAAAAUAGUGCAUAGAAUAGCGGGCUCUUCUCCAGUAUCUGCAGACAAAACUGAAUGGUUACCAAAGAAAAGUGAUUUUUGUGUAAUUCCAUGCAUACAAGAGGAGCUCACAUGUCCAGCUAUGGCUGCUUUGAAAAAACAAAAGAAAAGCAUUGUGUUACAUGUGCUUCCAUAUCAGCUUAACACUCCACGGCAUCUACGAAUCUGUGUUAUGCAAAAUUAAUCUUAUUUCAAACUUUUGACCAGAAUUUCAUUCUUAUAAAGUUGUUGCAUCAUGAUUUUAUUAAUCAGAAAGAAUGGUUACAAUAUGUUUAUGAAAAACAGGAGAUGUUUGACAAAAUAUUUGUUAUGCCAUCUCAGAGAACAAGCUCCUGUGUAGUAAAACUAAGUUUUGGGACCAGUAUAAGAACUUUGCCAUUGGUCAGUUACCAAGAUUGAACUAAAGAAUUAACCAAUCAGAUGCUGACAAUUUGAGAAUGGUUUUGACCUGAGACACAUUUGUGGUCAGUAAGUGUUUGGAUAAGUUGCAAAUGUGGUUUGAAAUGAUUGUAUAUAUCAGGGUUAUUUCCCUAGGUGAAUAAUUUGAUUUUUAAAGAACUAUAGAUCAAGAGUGUCUGUGGCAUACCUGACAGAUUUGUAGUCAUUUUUUUGUGUAAUGAGUUAAGCAUUAUAUAAGUGCUAGAUUUUCUGAAAGAUGUACAUGUAUAGUUCUAUGACACAUGGUAAUUAUACUCACAUGAAAUGACCUGUGAUACAUGUUUAAUGAUUAAUGCUACAGUAUGGUAUUAUAAACAAAUUAUAUGUAUUUUUUUCUAGGUCUGUAUACAGUUUUGUUUCCUUAAUGACUAACGUCUAUGAUUUAGAAAAUACAAGACUAUCUAUCAAUGUAGUUUAUUUACUCUAUAGUGAAACAUUGCUUAUUUGAGCAUGGAGGGUUCAAGCGUCGGGAUGAACAGGGAUGUUUUCCAAAUACUUUUUGGCUAACUCUAGUUUCCCUUUAAGACCUCAAGCAAUAGCUGUUUUACUAUAAAGAAUUACUAGAGGGUUAUUGAUGAAUGGCUGGAAACAUUUUUAUGUUUAUUAGCUAUUAAGGCCGUAUACAUUCUGUUGAUUUUUUUGUAAAAGUACAUUUACACUCGAGAAUAUUGAAAAUGCAAUAUCCAUUUAUGGCAAAUAUUUCAUUUUUGCAACUUGUAUGCAAAUAUUUUGAAAUACCUUUAUCAGUUUUUCAUUAAAUUGUAUCUAAAAUGGUGAUUUCAUUUGUCUUACCUGUUGAGUUCAUGUUGUAAUUCAUUACAUACAGAAGCCAUAGCUAGCAUUUUCAAAAAUCAAAUGUAAUUAAAUGUUGGAAGUCGAUUGCAAAUUUUUAAACCACCAUUACUUCAAAAUUACCUGAUUUCUUUUUUAAAUUUAACACAUGUUUGUAAAAAAUCUUUAUCAACUUUUAUUCUUGACAAAAAUAGAUGUUUCUUUCGUUGAAGUAUUUGUACAUCACAAUUACACCUGCUACCAUUCAGUUAUUAUCCCCCGCCGAUGAAAUCGGGAGUGGGGUAUUAAAAUGACGUUGUCCGUCCAUCAGUCAGUCUGUCCGUCCGUCCGCAGCCAUUUCUCAGUAACUACCUGGUAGAAUUUCAUGAAACCUGAAAUAAACAUGAACCAAUGUACUGCAAUGAUGCCCGUCAACUUUUUUUUUGAUUGGUCAAUUUCCCUUAGAGUUUUUGCCCUUGAUUUAAUGAAAAAUGUCCAUCCACAGCCAUUUCUCAGUAACUAGCAGAUAGAAUUUCAUCAAACUUGAAACAGACAAGAACCAAGAUACUGCGAUGAUGCCCUUCAAGUUUUUUUUCUCGAUUGGUCAGUUUGCUUAGUGUUAUUGCCCUUGAUUUCAUGAAAAAUGCACAAAAAUGUCUGCCCACAGCCAUCUCUUGGUGACUAGCAGGUAGAAUUUCAUCAAACUUGAAAUAAAUAUGAACCAACAUACUUUGAUGAUGCCCGUCAUUUUCUUUUUUUAUUGGUCAAUUUUCCAUACAGUUAUUGCCCUUUAAUUGUUUAAAAGUUCACAGAUUUGUUCAUAACAAACCAACCAAUUGGAAGUAUUUCAUUAAACUUCUUUCAUUCUUUUCCAUGAACAUGUGAAGUUGUGUACCCACACCUGGUUGCACACCCUCCCCCCCCUCCCCCAAUUUUUUUUUUUUUUUUUAAUUUUCCAUCAAUAUUUAUAAUCAACAUGUAAACUUUUGUACCCCCCCCCCACCCCCCCUCCAAAAAAAACAAAAAAACAUUCGUUUUUAUGUUAAUUUGAUUUUGACUAAUGAAAUUAUUUGCUUCUUUGUAACAUUCUUAACUUUUUGCUGGAUAUAUUUUUUGGCCAUUCCUCACCACAGACCCUUUCAGCGGGGGGAUACCAAUUCAUCGAAUUUGCUUGUUUCAGUACAGUGUAGUCACCAGAAGUAUACCAAGUAGACUUUGAUAUCAGAAAUGUUGAGUGAAAUUGCAGCAUUAAUGUUUUAUAAUUGUGUCAGUGGCACAUACAAAAGCAUUUUGCAACAUAGAAUAAGCUCGAAGUCUAAUGAUUGAAAAGAUUUCUGGUCAAAUUAUUAUUUCACAGUCUUCUGAUUUUAGCGGGUAUUAGAUAUUCCUUACUGAUAAUCAAAUUACUGUAUAUCCGAUUAAAUCUGGUUUGAGUUUCAUGGACAAUAGUCACACUUCAAGUAACAGAGAAAAGGAAAAUCCUUCUGGAACACGUUCCUUCAAUAAUUGAAUGUAGCAUUUUUAAGUUUCUUGAGGGUAGAUUAUCAAGCUAAGUCUAGUGUAUGUUACAUACUGUAGUAUUUAACCUUUACCCUACUAAAUUUCUGUAGUGGACUGGUCCGUCUUUCAAUUUGGACAGUACCAUUAACUAUUAAAAGGGGUGCUUACCAAAAAGAUAUUGAGUAAAUGUCGACAGUGCAGAUCAUGAUCAGACUGCACAGAUGUGCAGGCUGAUUUUAGUCUGCACUGGUCGCAAAGGCUUAAUCAAUUGCUGCCAGUAGGCUAAAGGUUAAAUGUGUUCACUGUACAAAAACACUUUUCAUACUUAAAGUGUAAUGUCAUUCUUCUUUUUCAGGAAAUUAAAAUAACUUUUGAAUUGUGUGUGAACAAAUUUGAAAUUAGAAAUAAUUACUAUUUAAGUCAAAGUUUUUGUAAAAAAAAGUCUGUGAAUGAGCAUAUGUUUGUUUAACAAUUACAGAAGUAUUAAGUGUAUGUAAAGAUAUUUGCUUAUAAGUCUAUAUAAGGACACUACCACUGAUUGAGAAUGAAGAACCUUUCUAUUCAAAAGGCCUUUCUAAUUACAGUUCAACAGGUAUUCAGGAAUAAUCCAAGAACUUUUAAUUUGAAACUGAACAAGAUUUAUAUGUUUGUUUUCUAUAUUGAUUGAGUGAUACUAAACAAGGGUAUGUUUGACAGCUGUGAUAAUUUUGUUUUAGCUGAGUAGUAAUACUGUACCAUGUAAAGUACUGAAUUUCCAUUGCUUCAGUUAUGUAUCUGGUAUGAUUUAUUUAAUUGUAAACAAGUGAAAAAUAGAAAUGAGCUGCACCAUGAGAAAACCAGCAUAGUGUGUUUGCGACCAGCAUGGAUCCAGACCAGCCUGCGCAUCCGCGCAGUCUGGUCAGGAUCCAUGCUAUUUGCUUUCAAAGCCUAUUGCAAUUAGAGAAACCGUCAGCAAACAGCAUGGAUCCUGACCAGACUGCUCGGAUGCGCAGGCUUGUCUGGAUCCAUGCUGGUCACAGAUGCACUAUGUUUAUUUUCUCAUGGUGCAGCUCAAAUGUUUCAUUUAUUGAUUGUGGACAUAUAAGCAGUAGAGACAUGUGCAGAUUAAGGUAUUUCAUGAUGAGGUGCUGGCAGCAAACUCCACUCAGCUAUUAACUUCCUGACUGGUGCAUUGACCUAUAUUGUCAUAAAAAUUAAUAACAUGACAUUAAAUAUCAAAGUCACAUUGCUGUUGAAAAGAGAUUCAAAUAUAAGUUUUUCAUUUUAGCUUAAUAAUUUUAUGUUAUAACUUCAGUUAGCUGUAAAAGAAAUGUCAAAUACUACAGUUCAAAAUUAGAGGAGGAAAAAAUGGAUUCACAAAAGCUGUUUGUGGUGACAUAUGUGAUGACAUAUUUUCUGUACCAUAAAGGGAGACAAUUGGGUAGUAGACUGAUACUAUGAAUAUUUCUGGUAAAAGCUGAAAUGGUAGUCAUAAAACUGGCCCACAGUCUCCUAUACCAACUUCAUACACAAUUUGUUUGCUAGAACACAUGUGUUAUAUUAAAAAAACUUCAUAAUGGCUGCUUAUUAUAAUUGAAAGUUGUUUUUACUGGACUUUCCUAUUUGAUACUAAAAACAUGUUAAGCAUUUUGCUUUUAUUGAAAGAUAACAGAGCUAGCAGAGAUAUACCAAGACAGAGACUACCUGUGUUUUCUUAAAAUAUUAAAUUUUCAUCCUGUAAAUUCGUCACCCUGUAUGAAAUACACCCUUAGAGAGAGUUAGAUUUGAACAGUGUUAAUUUGGUUACAUUAGUUGAAGGAGGAAAUUAAAUCAGACAAAUUAUAAUAUCAGUGCUUACACAAAUUACAUUCCUUGUAAGAUAUUACAAAGAUGUAGUAAUAGAAAACUACAUGUAAUACAACCUUAGUCAGUAUGUGUUCAAAAUUUAUAUUGUUUCAUAGAAAUUGUGUUAUUUGAAAGAUUUUUAUGGCCAUGCACUGUAAAGCAUGAUAUGUUUGUGAUAGCAAUAUUUAGUAUUUUCCGAAGAAUUAAAAUCAUCGUGACUUUUAAUGUUCACACUUGGACAAAGAAAUUAAAGCAUUAUAUUUAGCGUGUGUUGAAAUUACAACUAUAAAAGUGCGCAACAUAAAAUUAUAUCCUCAUGAAUUUCUCCAAGUUACAAAAUGUGACAUCAGUUUUAGGUACUUACAUAAUAGUUGCUGUAAACAUUGUAUUAUUUAAAAUCUGUUAAUAGCCAUGUACUAUAAAGGUUGAUAUGUAAUAUUUAGCAUUUUCCCGUAGAAUUAACAUUAUCAUGACUUUUAAUGUUCACACUUGGACAAAGAUAUUAAAGCAUUAAAAUAUUAUUUAGCUUGUAAUGAAAUUACAACUAAUAAAGUGGGCACACAUUUCCUCCUGAAUUUUGCCAAGUUAAAAAGUGUGACAUCAGUUUUAGGUGUUCACUGAUGGAAAGUGAUACAACUUUUCUCAUGAUUUGUUGAUCAUUUAUAGAUUGUUAGAUCUCAACUACACUUCCUGCUUUCUGAUGAAAUAUCACAUGUUGAUAAAAAUGAAAAAUUUCCAACUACUGUCUCACAAAUAUAUGGAACUCAACAUUAAUUUUGUAUGAGUACUUUAUUACAUCAAAUUGAUACUGUUCUAAGACUACUGUGAAAUCAUUUAAUUUCGUGGGCAUGAAAUUUCGUGGUUUGGUCAAAAUGGCAAUUUCGUGGGGAUAUGUAUUUGUGGAUUACAACUUUUGAACAUAAAGUGAAUGGGGCUUUCAUUUGUUCGUUGGGAUUAAAUUUCGUGGAUUGACUCAAUGAUGAAAUCCACGAAAACUAGUCCCCCGCGAAUAUUAAUGAUUUUAUGGUAUAUUUAUUUCAAAAUACCACUCAUUUGUAGUCUGUCUUUCUUGCCACUUGUAGAUAUCCUUGAUUUGCUAAGUAAAAUAAGAGGUUUCUUAAUUGGAGAAGUCAGAUGUAUAUUCAAAUAUGGGAAAACUUAGAAGAAACAUUUCAAAUAUCUAGAGUGCAGAUUACAACUUUUUGAUGGCUGUCCACCCCUAAAUAAAAAGAGAAUUCACAAAUGUUCUGCCAGAUAACAGAAUUGACCAAAUUUCUGAUGUAUAAAAAAUUUACCGACGCAUUGCCAUCUCAUUACUUUAUAAUACAUUCACUAUAGAAAAGUGGCUAUCCUUGAAAAUUUAGAAAGGUUGUAUUUUCUUGUGCAAGAAGAAGUGGUUUUGUUUUUUGUUGUGUAUUAAAUGAUAUUUAAUGAUGCUAUUAGUGACAUAGUUGUAGUAGAUAUAUAAGGAGAGGGUAUAUAUUUCUUGAGCUGAAGUGAGAGCCAGUUUAAGAUUUGGAUUGUUCCUGUGUUAACAAAACGACUGAUAUAUUUAUAAAUAAACAUUCCUUUGCAAGACGGUUUUUAUCAUUCUUUUGUUGAUUUUUGUCUGCUUACUGAGAUGAAAUAUCCAUUUUUUUGAAAGUAUUUUUUGAUGGCGUGUUUUAAGUUCUGCCUCUGUAACUUGACAAAAAGACACUUCUUCACUGUUACUUGUAGUUAUUUAAUAGGACAUAUUUAUUUUUGAAUGAGUAUAUUGCGUGCAUUAAAAAUAUUACUUUGAAUGAUUUAGAACAUUUUUAUUUUCCCAUAGUGUUUUGACAUUUUGUGCAAUAUAGUGUAUUUCAGUUUUGUUUUUCCCCCAUGUAUUUUUGCUGUUUCUUAGGUUGAUUUUUUUAAAUGAAAUUUGUGUAGUCCAUUGUAUUUAAAUAACAACACUAAAGCUGUUGUAAGAAUUUUGUUUUUGAUAAUGUGUCAGUUAAAAGGAUGGAGCUUUGGAAUUUAUGUAAGAAUAGUUACGUCAGAAGAUUUCUGUCAACUGUCCGGGAAAGUCGCCUUGUAUCUCAUAUUGAGGUUCAUGUUGUCAUUUCGCUUUGGAUAGUUUGUUUUGUUUCAAAAUGUUUGUUAUACUUGUAUGCAAGUGGCAAAGAUUGUAGUCUUUUCAAGAAAUUGUUUUUCAGUUACUGUACUUGUAUUUCCACUUUUUGUAUGAUUGCUGAAAGUUACUUUUCCUUUAUAGAUAUGCAAGUAUACUAUUUAUUACAUAUUUCCUGGUAUUUUAUUUAAAUAGAAUGAAGGAUUAUAUUCAAAACUUCCACUGUUUGAAACAACAGGAUUUUCAUUUUAUAAUUUUCUCGGUGAUGGAUUUACAUUUGAAUAUGAAAGAAUAUGAAUAAAAAAUAACUAGAAAAUCAUUUCUGAAGAUCUAGAAGUGCAUAAAUACCUGCAGUAAAUAUGCACACACUGUAUUUAUUAAAAGAAAUAGAAUUAUCUCAAAUAAUUAUUCAACAUUUUUCAAGUGUUAACAUUGUAAUGUGGUAAUUCUGAGUGUGACUUUACUCAGUACAUGAGGCUGUAGAGUUUAAACUGGUAUAAUUUGAAAGACCUGUCAUCAAUCUCACUUGAACACCAGAUUUUAAAUAUUCACUUGUGAUAGUGCCACUCAUGAAAAUAUUUAUCAGAAGUUCACUUGUUGAAAUGAUACUAUGGUCUUUCACUGUAACAAAUAUCAUCUAUAUUUUGAAAAAAAAAAAAUUUCUCAAAUAAUCGGAGAGGAAAAUGUGACAGCUUUUCUAGAUAAUAGCUUUCAAGAAACUUUGUGGAACCAUAAAAAUUGCAGCAGUGUUACUGUAAAAUCAUUUUUAUUCUCCUAGGAUGAAUUUUCGCGUAUUUCGCGCUAGAACCAAUGUGCGAAUUUAAGACCGCGCUAUUAUUAUAUUUUAAUUUUAUUUUUUCAUUUAUAAAUUGAAAAUGCGCUAAUUAAAGCCUGCGCGAAACAGUCCUUUUUCACAUUUGCGCGAAAUUUCAUGCUAGCGGAUUUAAAUGAUUUCACAGUAUAAGAAUGUUGGGAAUGCACGUAAGCUUAUGGGGAAAUCGUUUAAUGAACAUAAAUUUGGCGUCACACUGAAAUAGGUUUUUUUUACUGCAGUUGCUAUAGUUGGAAGCUACAGGAAUGACCCAUUGAUCAAUAUGUUUUUAAGUGAAGUUAGCCUGCAUUUUUGACAUUUUGAGUGAUUGUAUAGAGAAAAUGUUUGGAUCUUACAUUGGCUAAUAAACAGUCAGGCUAUUUCUGUACUGAGUAAUGGGCAUGGAAACUUUUUUCAGGUUCCCUUGCUUAUGUACAUGUUAAACUGUAUACUGGUGACUGAGUUGGUUUUGUAUGAUUUUAUGAUUGUUAUAUAUGCAUUGCAUUGUUAUGAUUUGUACAGAACUGAAUACAACACAAAAGUAUAUUCAUAUCAUUUUCAUAUCAUUAUAUAAUAAUAACAUACAGACAUGAUGUUGCAUUGUCAAUUAAAAUGAUAAAUCAUG